GUGUGUUGCAAAUAUAAAAGGCAAGCCAUGUGACAGAGGGACAGAAGAACAAAAGCAUUUGGAAGUAACAGGACCUCUUUUUAGCUCUCUGAAGAGUUCAAGGGGAGGAAGGAGUGGUGCAUUUACCAAAGUAGGUAGCCGACCCCGUCAGCGUGACACGUAAUGCGGCGUGGCUGUGCAGCCGGGAGCUGACAGGGAGGAUGCUGCAGGACCCCAGACCGCCAGCUGAAGGAGAGAGGGAGGCUCUCCUCCGUUCCCGGCAGAUCACUUCCCUGUGUGUCACCGCCAGAGGCACGAGUAUAACUGUUCUCUGUUUCUUUGGGACAAAAGAAGAGUUUCACUGUUAUGAGCCCAGUGACAAAGUGUCAGUGUAGUGGCACUGCGAGGCUCGGGAACGGACACUGCCCCGGGGGAUCCUGGCUGAGGAAGAGAGCCCCGUCUCCCUGCUGGGAUUCAGAUGCUGCAUUUUAAUUAAUGUGGAAGAGACUGACACUGAACAAGUGCUGCCUGACAAGUAAGCAGCUGCGCAGAGAGAUCCUUUGAUGGAUUACAAUCUCAGCAAACUCCAACGCGAGAAGAAGAAUGACAGCUAAGACACUUAAACCAGACUUUUCACCAUCCUGGAAAGGAACUGGCUUCCAGGAUUUGGAGUUUUUUUAAUGCUCUACCUCCCUCUACUGUUACCAGCGAGAAGUUCCUCGACAAUGGGAAAUCAUGUACUCGCGGCUUCGAUUUCCAUGCUCUCGCUCCUGGCGAUGAUGGGAGACACGGACAGUAAAACAGACAGUUCCUUCAUGAUCGACUCUGACCCCAGCCGCUGUAUGAGGCACCACUACGUCGACUCCAUCACCCACCCCCUCUACAAGUGUAGCUCCAAGAUGGUGCUGCUGGCUCGCUGCGAGGGGCGCUGCAGCCAGACGUCGCGCUCGGAGCCGCUGGUCUCUUUCAGCGCGGUGCUGAAGCAGCCCUUCCGCUCCACCUGCCACUGCUGCCGCCCCCAGACCUCCAAGCUGAAGGCCAUGAGGCUGCGGUGCUCGGGGGGCAUGCGGCUCACGGCCACCUACCGCUACAUCCUCUCCUGCCACUGCGAGGAGUGCAACUCCUAAGGGCGGGGGGCCACAGCAGGGAGGGGACUGGAGUGCUGCCGGUGGGAAAGACUCCCAAGAAACAAUCCAGAGUCAAGCCGAUGCUCCCAGCACACGAUUGCAGCAAGGACAGGACUAACCAGGCUGGAAUGAAUCUGAGAGCUGAAGUGUAAAAUACCCUGGGGUGCUGGAUGGUGGAUGCUGGUACCACGGUGUAUGAAGGAGAAAGGACGAGGACUUGUUUUUGAGAAGCCUUUCUUUUUUUCUGAAAGGAUAUUUUUGAGAAUUUCUUCUUUUUCGGGCUCAGAUCUGACUACAGAGCUUUUACUGCUGGCCAUGGGCAGCAGGGGAACAGAGAGGGAGGUCAGCUGGAUGACAGCACUGAGCUCUGGAAGCUGACGUUCGGACAGAGGAUGGGCAUCAGUUCCCACAUACAACCUCUUAACCUAUCAAUUUAUUCUCAGUUUCCUACUUAUACUGGCCUUCAAAACAAACUGUGCUGUUGGCAAGGGUCAUGUGUUACUGAUCUAGCAGCCAAGUGCUGGAUGACUUUAACUGUGGUUUAGCAGAAAUUAUAAAUAAACCAUUGAAAAGUGAACUGGAUCUGAAAUGCCAUGCUGGGAAUAUCCAGCCCUAGCCAGCUGAAAUGAUUAUUUGCACCAUAUGUCAUCAGAGUUCAGUGUUUGAGUGACUCUUGAGAAGUGAAAGGUCAUGAGAUUCACUAUUACCCUCUAAAAGCCCAGAAAGGUGACACAUCACAUCUGUCGCAAAAGCCAUUAUUCAACCUCUAAAAACUAAUCAAAUAUUAAAAUA